UACCAUUACUUAAGACGUCAAAUAGCCAUUUUGAGGGAUAUACACUUUUAUCUAGAUAUCUGUGACAUUUUUUUUAACCGUGAUACACCAAUUUCAUAUCAAGCUGUUUCGAAGUCUGUUCUUUUCAUAUAAGAUGAGCCUUCUCCCGCUACUUUAUCUGAUACCUUAUGUGAUUGGGCAGAUGUUUUCCGUCCACCAAGAUAUCACCGCUUCGAAAAAUGGUAGUAGCGGUACUUUUACGUCACCUGGUUAUCCUGGAAAUUAUCCAAACAAUGCAAAUUACACAUGGACCUUGACAACUGGAGAUUCCAACGCAAGGGUCGUAAUAAACAUUACUGACUUUAGUGUAGUAAGGUACCGCUUUACUUCAAAGUGUGAGGAUUAUUUACAGGUAGAGAGAACAGAACCGAAUUACGCUCUAAUUUCCAAGAGAUGUGGUGAUUUCGCUCCAUUUAACCUUGAGUGCACUGGGAAGAUUUUCGUCGUAACAUUUGUGUCGGAUAGCAUUCACAACGCUAGAGGGUUUUAUUUGUCCUGGCAAGUAUACAUACCUGAUACAACAACAAAACGAACGACAACAACAACAAGAGAGAUAACAACAAAACCAUCGACAACAACAACAGAGAUACAUGUAACAACAACAACAAAACCAACAACAUCAACAACAGAGUUAACAAUAAAGAAAACAGAAGAACGAACGACAACAGAAACAUCCAAGACAACAUCAUCAAGAACAACAACACCAAAUCCCAGAGCAAAAAAAUCAACAAGGGAGAUCCUUACGUUGCCGUCAGCUUUGUUGACGUCGAACCAAAAACAACCAAGGACACACACAAAUGGUCCAUUUACAAAGACUACAGAGUCGUAUAUAGUAAACGAAGGAGCAAAUAAUCAAACAGCUACGUUUAAUCUACGAGAGAUAAGUAUGAAUUUAAGCAUGGAUAAGAAAUUGAAAUUGCACAGUACAUUAAAAGGGUUGUCGUUGUACUUUCAAUUCUUAUUCAAAAAUCUUUUUCUUUCAGCAUAUUUGAUCUCAGCUAUUGUAGUGAUAGAAGUUAUUUUGACCGCCAUUGGUAUAUAUUUUGUGAAACAACGUCGGAUAAACUUCAGGAAUCCAGGAUGCGAGGAAGUCAACAAGAUCAAAACAAAUCCCUACUCUACCUCUACUCUCUCAAGAGACUGUGGUCAUGGAAAUUACGAAAUUAUUCAACUGAAUGAAGCAUCCAAUAAUCACACCCUACAUCAAACUGGAUAUAAUGAGUGUACGUACAUUGAAGUUAUUGAACAUGAGUAUGACUACACAUAUGGAGACAUAAAACCAGUCAGCGACAAUACUGUGUGACCAUUGCUCCCAUUAUUCUGUGACAUACAUAUUGUGACAUUAAAGCUGAACACCGCUCGUAAAUAGGCACUGUCCGCCAUAUUUCUCUUUAAUCACUGAUGUCCCUACAACCCUUAUAUAAGGGACAGACCUCUAAACAGUUCAAAGUACUUCGCUGUAGAGGUCUCACCUGUGUGGACGUACAUUUUGCCUCGCCGUGUUACCCGGUCGCGAUGAAAUUAUCAAAUUUUACGCACUUUUUGAAGCCAGGAGAAUACUAACAUCAAAUAAAUUGGUAAAUGCAUUAUUUACGAACAGAAAAUGAACAUAAGAUAAGAAAAAAAUGCCUAAAAUCUAAAGACCACGAAAGGAAUACUACAUGUCGGCCACGAGGUUCAGGUGUGCAAUCGGGUGUAACGAAAUCGAAGGGUUUAUAUACCAGGUAUCUGUGUGACGGUGCCUAUUUACGAGCGGUGUUCAGC